GGUUUGUUCGGGGAGCUAGGGUUUAAGCUAUGGCGCCGUUGCGGACGCUCGGCUUUGCGUCUCUCACGCCUCGUGUUUUGGAGUUUCUGGAGCGCAACAAGAUCGUCACAGUGGAGGAUUUUGUUUCACAGGAACUAGAUUCUGGCGUGGAAGAUCCAGAAAUUCAGAAGUUUAAGUCCGAAUUGGCCACGUUUCUGGAAGAAUGUCAUGGAAAAUGGGAAAAUGGAGAUGAAAUGCUCCAGAAAAAUCUGCAAGCCGGCUCCCUUUCUACAGGGUUUGAAAGCUUGGAUUCUCUGCUGAAAGGAGGUUUGAAGGAUGGAACAAUCACGGAACUUGUGGGGCCUUCCUCUUCCGGAAAAACUCAACUGUGUAUGCGCUCUGCCGCAUGCGUGGCUUACCACCACAAGUUUUCUGUGGCGUAUGUCGAUGCCUCGAGUUCUUUCUCAGCCGAGCGUGUUUUGCAAAUGAUGUGUGGCAGAAGAUGUAGCUCGAUAGCUAUCGAGGACGAUGUGAAAGAGGCGAUGCGAAGGAUCUUCUGCUUUAAAGUUUACGAUGUCCACGGUCUAUUGGAAGUGCUUCAUAGUCUAUACGAUCCCGCAAGGACACACUUUAAUGAUGUCCGUUGGUCAGAUCCUGAAAACCAUUGCAAUCAACCGCAACAUCUGUGUCCUGAUCACAAACAACACUGUUGCCGCGGAGGACGAGGAGCUGAAGCCAGCGCUCGGCGAGAGCUGGAAGUCGGUCCCUCACGUACGUCUGAUGCUCGCCAAGGAUCACGACAACAAUUCCUGCACUGUUACACUUCUAAAGCACACGUCACUGGCUUGCGAUGCGGAGGUAACCUUCUGCUUUGACAGAGGCUAAAAGCAGACAUUAGCCGGCCACCUACAUGUGACGAAGGAGAAGAAGAAUUGGAAAAGAAGGUAUGCCACUCUGCAAAGUUGAAAAUGAUCCUUGUGUGUGUAUGUUUUCUUUCUUUUUUGUUUUGCACGCAUCCGUUUGCCUUCCUGUUUUCAAGUAACAACUGGUCAUGGAUCUUCCGUUCGUCCCAGUGAUUUUUCAGGGGCUUGGCAGUGAGCACCAUCCUCAGGCCCCAGGGAAGAGGCUGGCUGGCUUCCGUGCAUCGCAAGAACAGGGGGAUAGAUAAUGGCUUUGCGAGAAAUGCCGGAAUCUAGGAGACCUUUCCAUUCCCAUCGAAGUUAAGUGGCUUCCCGUUUGCUGCUUUCAAAUGAUUUUUGGGAUGCAGGGAUUCUUAGCUUGGAAGGCAGCGGCAAUUGAUUGCCAGCAAGAAAGUGCUGCUACUCUAUUGAUUUCAUCCACAGAGCGCGAAGUUUUCAAUGGUUUUUCCUUAGCUCUUACACAACAACGGAUUCACGGUACGAUGGACAAGUGCCAGUUGUUGAGAAAGCAACGCUGCGAAAAAAAUUUGCGAUGUGAUUUUGAUGUUGGAACAAACAUGAAAAGCAACGAUGUUCAUAUUCCACUGGCUAUGCAAAUUAAUUAGCGGUCUCGACUAA